UUUUCCACACAACUGCUUCACUUCUCUAUCUCUGGAAGAAGAAGAAAAAUAAUAGCAACCAUGAAGGAAACCUUUGCGGGAAAAACCAAAAUGCUAUUCUUCAUUAUCUUCUCUUCCUUGCUCACAAUAGAAACAACAAACGGUGUCAUUGCCGGGCUCACAAGUUCAAACACCAGUGUGUACUUAUCAACUUCUCAUGUUGUUGUUAAAUCCUCGUGCAGCUCCACUUUAUACCCCGAACUAUGCUACUCUUCUAUUGCAAGUAUUUCGGGUGGUGUUCCCGAGAGCUUAAGAUCGAAAAAAGAUGUGAUAGAGUUAUCUAUUAACAUUACGUGUGAAGUAGUUUGGCAGAAUUAUUUCACCAUUUCCAAGUUGAUCAAAUAUAGGAAAAAUGUGUCGCAUCGCGAGAAAGAAGCUCUUCAUGAUUGUUUAGAAAUGGUGGAUGAAACACUCGACCAACUUCACGAAGCAAGAGAUGAUCUUAAAGUAUACCCAAGCAAGACAACCCUUGCACAACAAGCAAGUCAUCUCAAAACGCUAGUAAGUGCAGCCAUUACUAACCAAGAUACUUGCCUCGAUGGAUUCUCUUAUAACAAGGCUGAUAAAAUUGUGCGCGAUGCUCUAGUAAAAGGUCAGCAACAUGUACACAAAAUGUGUAGUAAUGUUCUUGCGAUGGUAAAGAACUUAACCGACACCGAUAUGGAAAAUGAGCGGUACAUAUCCGGAAGAAAAUUAGAAGAAACAGUUGAUAAUGCUAGUUUGGAAAGCCAAAGCGCAGACGGGUUUCCCGAAUGGUUAUCAGAAGGUGACCGUCGACUUUUACAUUCCACAACAGUGACAGUUAAUGCUACAGUUGCGGCUGACGGAAGUGGUGACUUUUCAACGGUUUCGGCUGCUGUUGCAGCUGCGCCUCUGAAGAGUACUAGGAGAUAUAUAAUUAGGAUUAAAGCUGGUGUUUAUAGAGAAAAUGUUGAAGUUCCAAAAAAGAAGACAAACUUGAUGUUCUUAGGAGAUGGAAGGAAGAAGACGAUUAUCACCGGGAGUAAGAAUGUUGUGGAUGGGAGCACUACUUUCAAAUCUGCUACCGUUGCUAUUGUAGGAAAUGGGUUUCUAGCCAAGGGAAUUACAUUUAAAAACACCGCUGGACCGAGUAAACAUCAAGCUGUGGCACUCCGAGUUGGUUCAGAUUUAUCAGCAUUCUACGAAUGUGACAUUAUAGCAUACCAAGAUACACUCUACGUGCAUUCUCUUCGUCAAUUUUACAUCAAUUGUUUAGUAGCCGGGACGGUGGAUUUCAUAUUUGGAAAUGGUGCAGUUGUAUUGCAAGAUUGCGAUAUUCAUGCACGCCGCCCUAACUCAGGACAGAAAAACAUGAUUACUGCUCAAGGCAGAACAGAUCCGAACCAGAAUACUGGAAUAGUAAUUCAAAAAUCAAGGAUUAGUGCUACUUCUGAUUUACUACCAGUGAAGAGUAGAUUUCCUACUUUCCUUGGUCGACCAUGGAAGCAAUAUUCGAGAACAGUUAUAAUGCAAUCGUCUAUAUCAAGCGUCAUUGUUCCUGCUGGGUGGAGCGAAUGGGAAGGUGCUUUUGCUCUAGACACAUUGUUCUACGCAGAGUAUUUGAACACUGGUCCUGGUGCAAGAACUUCUGGUAGGGUUAAAUGGAAAGGAUACAGAACACUUAUGAGUGCAAGUGAAGCUGCACCAUUUACGGUUGCCAACUUUUUUGCCGGAAGUAGUUGGUUGCGUCAUACCGGAUUUCCUUUCUCUGUUGGUUUCUAAAUUGGUUGUGCAUAAGCGCAUGAUAUGUACCUAUAUACAUCAAUCUAUUGAUGGAAGUUAAUAAAUUAUUGUGUUCAUUAUAACUAUUGGUGUGUAAACUCUGCACAACACUCAGUAUUAAUAAAUGGUUCUUCAACAGAGAGAU